AUGGCCUUUUCGUUUGGAUCCGGUGCGUCAACAUCUACAGGAUUUGGCCAUCAACGUAGCAAUACUUCAUUAUUCGCGCCGGCAUCGUCUUCACAGCCAUCGACAGGUUCAUUUGGUUCCUCUGGAGGAAGUUUUGGCGCAUCGGGUCAAAAUCAACAACAGCAGACAUCGUCAGGAUUGUUUGGGUCGACCAACACAGCAGGUUCUUCAACUACAGGCUUUGGUGGUGGCAUGAGUCAACAACCUAGUGGAGGUGGUGGUUUGUUUGGUGCUUCCACAGCUACAACCCAACCAGCAGCCACAGGAGGUCUUUUUGGUGGUCAACAGCAGCAGCAACAACAACCAUCAGGUGGCCUAUUUGGAUCCACAACAGCUACUAGUCAACCAGCUACAGGUGGUGGUUUAUUUGGAUCCACAACAGCUACCAGUCAACCAGCUACAGGUGGUGGUUUAUUUGGAUCUACAACUACAACGAGUCAACCAGCUACAGGUGGUGGUUUAUUUGGAUCAACAGCUACGAGUCAACCAGCUACAGGUGGUGGUGGUCUUUUUGGAUCUACAACUACGACGAGCCAACCUGCUACGGGAGGAGGUUUAUUUGGAUCUUCAGCUACAACGAAUCAACCAGGUGGUCUUUUUGGAUCUACAACAACGACGAGUCAACCAGCAGCAGGAGGUAGCUUAUUCGGAUCAACCACAUCGACCAGUCAACCUGCUACGGGCGGUGGCGGUCUUUUUGGAUCAACUACUACUGCUACUAGUCAACCUGCUACAGGAGGUGGAGGUCUUUUUGGAUCAACUACUACUACCACGAGUCAACCUGCUACAGGAGGUGGAGGUCUUUUUGGUAGUGGAUUCGCCUCAUCCAAACCAUCCAUUGGUUUUGCAUCAACCACAACACAGCAACCACAACAGCAACAGCAACAGCAAGAAUCCUUGUUAAGCCUGUCGACGGUGUUCCCGGAUACCAAUGUCCCUUAUUUCAUUGUCAAACCAGAUAAACUUGAACGCAUUCCUGUUCCAUCCAGCAUCUUUACCAAUGCCGAAAAAUCCCAAAACAAGGCACGUGAUUUUGAAGAGGAGAGCUCACUUGCCAUUGGUGAACGACGUACCACUCUUCCUCGAUUCCUUACUUCAGCCACAUCACCGUCUUCGAGUCGAGAAGGAGGACAAUCAAAGCGUAGCAGCCAAGAACGACAUCCCACUACCUCUACUCCUACUACUUCUACCUCAGGUCUCCCAUACAUGCACAGCAAUAACCAAGGCAUCUUUGGUACAACGGCACAUUGCAGUUUUGGCGAUGGUAACAGUACAAGAAUGGAGGAUGAGGAUACCCCGCCUGUUGCUUCCUUAUGGGAUGUGGGGGUGAGUCCACAACGUUAUAUCAGUGAACCAGAGAAAGCAACCGCACCUUCAGACUUGUGGACAGAAUCGGUGAGGCACUCUGGUGCAAGUCGACUUGCAACAGCAACAUUUGAAAAAACAUCGGAUGGCACCAUUGUCAAAGUGUUUGGUUUCCCCCCUGAUAUGAAGACUGCUAUCAUUGAAUACUUUUCUCAACUCGGCCACAUCGAAGAACGAUACCAAUCCGUCAGCAAUUGGAUGACAUUCCGGUAUUCAUCUCAAGAUUCGGCAAAGAGGGCUCUGGAAAGUCACGGCCAUGUUCUUCAAAAUACCUGUAUGGUGGGCGUUGUGAGGGCAAACUCAAUGGCAGGAUAA